AUGUCGAAUGGUAUUCUUCGGGUGGUUGGUGACCAAGUGGUCGACGGUAAAGACAAUCCGGUCGUCCUCCGUGGCGCCGGCUUGGGGGGAUGGAUGAAAAUGGAAAACUUCAUUACCGGCUUUCCUGGCCACGAACGACAGCAUCGGGCGGCCAUGCUCGAGGUGCUGGGACAAGAGAAGUAUGACUUCUUUUUCGACAAGUUUCUGGAAUACUUCUUCACUGAUGCCGAUGCUCGAUUUUUUGCAUCACUGGGCUUGAAUUGUAUCCGUAUCCCGUUCAACUACAGACAUUUCGAGGAUGACAUGAACCCAGGUGUCCUGAAGAGCAGCGGUUUCAAGCAUCUUGACCGUGUGAUAGACCUAUGUGCCAAACACAACAUCUACACGAUCUUAGACUUGCACAGCCUUCCAGGAGGCCAGAACCCAAGCUGGCACUCAGACAAUAUCUCCGCCUAUGCCGCCUUCUGGGACUUCAAGGAGUUUCAGGACCGUGUAGUGUGGCUUUGGGAACAGCUUGCCCACCAUUACAAAGGCAACCCAUGGAUAGCAGGCUAUAAUCCGAUCAAUGAGCCGGCAGAUGAGAAACAUGCGCGCCUACCAGCGUUCUACGACAGGCUCGAAGUUGCGAUUCGCAAGAUAGACCCGGAUCAUAUUUUGUACCUGGAUGGCAACACCUUCUCGAUCGAGUGGAAGCACUUUGAUCGCGUGGUCCCCAACUCUGUCUACGCUUUGCACGACUACAGCCUAAUGGGCUUUCCCAUGGGUGACCGCUACAAAGGAACCCCGGAGCAGCUCCAGAAACUCGAGAGUCAGUUCCUGCGCAAGGCCAAAUUCCAACAUGAACACUCUGUGCCCAUUUGGAACGGAGAGUUUGGCCCUGUUUACGAAGAUCCCGCAAAGAACCCGGAUGCCGAUGAGAUCAACUCUGAACGCUACGCACUCCUCGGCGCUCAGCUGAACGUCUAUGACAAACAUGCUAUACCAUGGAGCAUUUGGCUCUACAAAGACGUUGGGUUUCAGGGUAUGGUAUACACUGACCCAAAGAGCAAGUACAUGCGCACCAUUGGCUCGUUCCUAGAAAAGAAGCGCCGACUCAAUCUGGACGCCUGGGGCCGAUCUCCUAAUCCAGAACUCGAAGCCUUGGUAGCCCCGCUGGUCGACUGGAUUGACAGCAAUGCGCCUGCCGCAAAACACGUGUACCCGACGACAUGGGACACGACGCGACACGUUUACCGGUCUGUGAUGGAGAUAUUUGUCUCGGGAAGUUUUUCCAUCGAGUUUGCGAAGCUCUUUGAGGACAUGAGCUUCGAAGAUCUCGAGGAAUGCGCACGCAGCUUUGCCUUUGAGAAUUGCGUGCAGCGGGAGGGUCUGAAUCGCAUCAUGAGCGAACAUGCAGUCCUUGCUGCCUCGAAAUCUACCUAA